GGUGUUUUCAACUGUUUUCACUUGAACGGGUCAAACCAAGUCAAACGCCCGCCGCUGACGUGCCGUAAAUUCUCAAGACUGUUUUUUUGUGGGGGGAUCCAGUGCGAGUAUCUCUAAAACGCGUGUUUGGAAGGGGAGCUUUGGAUAUGUCGGUUCUCGCUAUUUUUUUUUUUGAACGCGGUGUUCCACCCGGAUUUCGUUUUCGGAUGCCGCGUCACGCUUGGAUUGCAUUCGCAGGCGUGCGAGACGAACAACAAUGCGGCUGCGGCGGCUGACGGGCAGUGUGUGUAGUGGUCUUAUCGACAGCUCGCUCUGCCGAUUUCGCGGGACCCAUCGUUUUCCUCCGCUUUAGAUUUUCUCCGCGAUCAGCGAGCUCGGUCCCCUCGGCAGGCUUUGUUGUCGUUGUUUCACCCCGCGGGCUCGAAUGACGGCCGUCGCCUGUUACGUAUACCCGGGGAAAUGAGAUCAAGGUUGAGAAAUCGGUUUAAGCGAAAAACACAGAACAAAACCAAGAAAAGGAAUGAUAUCUUGGUUUUGUUACUGCGAGAGAGCUUUGAACGCGCGCACGCUUUUGCGUGGCAACGCUAACUACGCUGAAUGCGUAAAAACAAGAACGGUCUAGUUUAGUUAGCUGGGAAAAAAACUGGACUGUAUUUUUCCCCCUUGUGUGGCCCUCGUGUGCCCGGGAAAAGCUCACUAAGUUUGCAAUCGGUCUUUUAUGGCGUAUGCCCCGCCCCCCAUGUGGUGAAUCCGAAUGCCAUGUUCAGCGAAUCUCACCACUGUAGCCUCGGGCACGAAAAGGCAUGCUGGUGGCGGUCAUGGAUGCCUCCCUAGUGUGGGCCCCUGAUGAGCACGAAGGCUUCAAACUUGGUCGAAUUGUUGACAUUGGGGGGGAGACUGUCACAGUGCUGCUCAAUGGCGGUUCCCAGACAAUUACAGCCCCUUACAGAAGUGUUCACUCAUCUGAGGAGGACCCAAACAAGGAUGUGGAUGACAACUGUGCGCUGAUCUACUUGAACGAGGCAACUCUUUUCAACAACAUCAAGGUCCGCUACAACAAAAACAAGAUAUAUACCUACGUGGCAAACAUCCUGAUCGCUGUGAACCCAUAUUUCGAAAUUCCGAGCCUUUACUCUCCAGAAGCCAUAAAGCGCUACCAGGGAAAAUCUCUGGGUGUGCUGCCACCUCAUGUCUUUGCAAUCGCGGACAAGGCCUUCAGGGACAUGAAGGUUCUGAAGCAGAGCCAGUCCAUCAUUGUGAGCGGGGAGUCAGGUGCGGGCAAGACGGAGUCCACCAAGUAUAUCCUGCGCUACCUGUGCGAGUCCUGGGGCAGCCACGCCGGCCCCAUCGAGCAGAGAAUCCUCGAAGCUAACCCUGUUCUUGAAGCAUUCGGGAAUGCAAAGACCAUGCGGAACAACAACAGCAGCCGCUUUGGGAAAUUCAUUGAAAUCCACUUUAACAACAAGUGCAACGUGGUGGGAGGCUUCAUCUCCCACUACCUGCUGGAGAAGUCCCGCAUCUGUGGGCAGGCGAGGGGCGAGCGCAACUACCACAUCUUCUACCAGCUGUGUGCCGGGGCGCCGGCCGAGCUCAGGCAGCAGCUCAGGAUUACCAGCCCCGACGACUUCAACUACCUGCGGCAUGGUUGCACCCAAUACUUCUGCUCGGCCGAGUCUGAGAAGCUCCUCAAGAACAACUCCAAGUCGAAGGAGCACCAGAGCAAGGGCCCCCUGAAGGACCCUGUCAUUGAUGAUGCCAAGGACUUUGCAAACCUGGACCGCUCGUUGCAGCUGAUGGGCCUGACUGAUGAGGAGCGACUGAGCAUCUAUGUGGCUGUGGCGGCGGUGCUGCACCUGGGCAAUGUGACCUUUGAGGAGAGCCCCGACGACAGCCGCGGGGGCAGUCGGGUGACCCCGGAGUCGGAGCAGGCCCUGCGUGUGGCCGGGGCCCUGAUGGGCGUGGAGGCGGACGAGCUGAGGCAGAGCCUGCUCAGCCGCGUCAUGCAGACCACCAAGGGGGGACACAAGGGCACCGUGUACAUGGUGCCCCUAAAGGCGUACGAAGCCAACAAUGCACGAGACGCACUUGCCAAGGCGGUCUACUCUAAGCUCUUUGACUUCAUUGUGCAACGCAUUAACCAGAGCAUUCCGUUCAGUUCCUCGUCCCACUACAUUGGUGUGCUUGACAUUGCCGGAUUUGAGUAUUUCCAAGUGAACAGUUUUGAACAGUUCUGUAUUAACUACUGCAAUGAGAAGUUGCAGCAGUUCUUCAAUGAACGAAUUUUGAAAGAGGAGCAAGCCCUUUACGAGAAAGAGGGUCUUCGUGUGAAGAAGAUAGAGUAUGUCGACAACCAAGACUGCAUCGAUUUGCUCGAAGGUAAAGGGACAGGCAUCUUCGACCUGCUGGAUGAGGAGAGCAAGUUGCCGCGCUCCAGCCACAGCCACUUCACGUCCGUGCUGCACAGCACCCACCCCAAGCACUUCCGGCUAGCCGUCCCCCGCAAGUCAAAGCUCAGGGACCACAGGGAAAUCAGGGACGACGAGGGAUUCCUUGUGCGGCACUUUGCUGGAGCCGUCUGCUACGAGACGGCCAAGUUUGUGGAGAAGAAUAACGACGCCCUGCACGCCUCCCUGGAAGGCCUGGUGCACGAGACCAAGAACAGGUUCCUGCGCACCCUGUUUGGGGAUCCCGAGCGCCUGCAGGCGGCCAAGGGAAAGCUGUCCUUCAUCAGCGUGGGCAGCAAGUUUCGCAGCCAGUUGCAGACCCUGAUGGGCAAGCUGCAGCAGACGGGCACCCACUUCGUACGCUGCAUCAAGCCCAACCUCAAGAUGGUCGACCACCUCUUCGAGGGCGGACAGAUCCUCUCGCAGCUCAAGUGCUCGGGCAUGACGUCUGUGCUGGAGCUCAUGCAGCAGGGUUACCCAUCCAGAGCUCCCUUCUCCGACCUGUACAACAUGUACAAGCAGUACCUGCCCCCCGAGCUGGCACGGCUGGACCCCAGGCUCUUCUGCAAGGCUCUGUUCAAGGCACUGGGCCUGAACGAGAAUGACUUCCGCUUCGGCCUGACCAAGGUGUUCUUCCGGCCAGGCAAGUUUGCCGAGUUUGACCAGAUCAUGAAGUCUGACCCCGAGAACCUGGCAACGCUGGUGCGCAAGGUGCAGAAGUGGCUGCUCGUCUCCCGCUGGAAGAAGGCACAGUGGUGCGCACUGUGCGUCAUCAAACUGAGAAAUAAGAUAACCUACCGUCGUGAAAACCUCGUGGUCAUCCAGAAAACGGUGAAGAUGCACCUGGUGAAAAAGAAGUACAGGCCCAGAUACCGGUGCAUGAUGAAGCUGAGGGCACUCCUGAAGCAAGUGCAGCAGAUGUCCAACCUGGCCUCGCAGCUGAAAAAAGACGGGCAGCAGAGCAAGGUGGAAAUUCAAGCCCUGGAAGGCAGGAUUAACACCGCCAUGAAGCGCAUCAAGGACGGGGCCCUGAAGAACCCAGAGAUGGAGAAGGAGCACAACACCCUGAUCCUGGCGGCCACAGAGCUGAUGAACGCCCUGAACCAGCGCAUCCAGCUGCAGAAGGUGGCCGAGGAGCAGGCGCGCAUGCGCAGGGUGCAGCAGGAGAUGGAGCUGGCACGCAAGAGGAAGGAGGAGGAGGAGCGGCAGAGGAGGGAGGAGGAGGAGCACCGCCAGAGAAAAAUUCAAAUGGAGGCAGCGAGGAAAGCUGAGGAACGAGCGAAGGAGCUGGAGGAUGCCAAGCUGGCGAAAGCCAUGAAAGAAAAGCUUGUCAUCGAUCACAGGGAGGAACUACUGAGGAACCAGCAAAUGGAGCAAGAGUCACGUGACCAUGAACUGGCCUUGCGUCUGGCACAAGAGAACAACAGUGUCGUGGAAGAUGUGGGCACCCCUGUGCUUCCCGUGAGGUCUCAAGUGAGGGGAGCAAAGGCCGAAGGGAAGUUUGAUCUGUCGAAAUGGAAGUACUCUGAAUUGCGGGACGUCAUCAACACAUCUUGUGACUUGGAGCUGUUGGCAGCCUGCCGUGAGGAGUUUCAUAGACGCCUCAAGGUCUACCAUGCCUGGAAGAGCAAGAAUGCCAAGAAGGGAUCUGGAGACACCUCACAGAACCGUGUUCCCACAACACUUCAGAAUGGAGGGGCCCUGCCAGGAGGUCAAGGGGACGCGGUGGAUGGGGAGGAUGGCCGACAGCGCUACUUCCGCAUCCCGUUCCGCAAGGACGGCUCGAGCAGCGGCCUGUGGUUCGCCCACUUUGACGGACAGUACAUUGCUCGCCAGAUGGAGCUGCAUCCGGGCAGGCCCCCCGUGCUGCUGCUCGCGGGGAGGGACGACAUGCAAAUGUGCGAGCUCAAGCUGGAAGAGACGGGUUUGGCCCGCAAGCGUGGGGCCGAGAUCUUGGACCACGAGUUCGACGCGGAGUGGACCAAGCACGGGGGUCCCGCCUACGUGCCGCUUUCGACGCGGCACAAGUAGGGGCCGCAAUGCCGCCGCGGAGUUGCGACGUGAAGCAGUGAGGUGCCAUGGCUGAACAGCUACGGGAGGGAGCUCAGACCGGGCUGGAGGCAACUAACAGUCAUGGGUCAAGACACAAAACAAGAUAGAUGACUAGUUGACCGUAGAUCAAAAAAAUAAUUAUUUAUAUAGUCAAAAAGUUAUUUUUUUUUCUUGUGAUCUCAAGUAUUUUGGCAUACUUGAACUUGCUCUUUUUUCUCGUUUUACGCGGGACUAUUGCUACCGUUAUAGGAAUCUUACUCGUGUUUUUGCGAGUUUAACUUAAUGAAGACAGUGAGCUUCGCCUUUUCUAUGGGAUUUUUUUUUUUUUCUUUUUGUCCUCCGUCGAGUGUUCCUUUUUGGGGUUCAAAGGCUCUCAAGAGGCAACUGUUUCUUGGUCUUUCGUUACUUUUGGUGCUUGGUUGUGGUGGCAGUAUAGUGCCUUAACCUUACUACUUUUCUCAUUUAUAUAUACAUAUAUAUUUGUUACCGGUUUUUCUAUAGUAUUAAAUGUGCCAGCACUUUUUAUGUACUGUUUUGCAUCACCAUACCAGUGUUAACAUCUUUUUGACAGAGCAACCUUUUGUCAAGAUGAAUUAUUGCACUGAGUGCAUCGUAAUCCAUGUAUUUGACGUAGUUUUGAAGUAAAGGGUUGCGAGCUACGUGCAUUCUGCUUAAUAAAGACCUGCAGGAAUCA